AUGUUGUCGAGCGUUGUAACAAGAUACCAGUUCAUCCUAGAGCACCAUAUGGAGAGAUCACUUGUGACAUGUGCAUUUUCAGGCUCUCACCAAGAUGCAAUCAAGAAAGGUUUUGCAGCACAGGAGAAAAGACGCCAAAAUGGGGACCAGACUUGGCAAAUUCCUUAUCUCACGUUGGAUCCAAAAGAUAUUGGCCGUAACUACGAAGCCGUUAUAAGAGUCAACUCACAAUCCGGUAAGGGAGGAGCAGCCUGGAUUGUUCAGAGAAACUUGGGUCUAGACUUACCAAAGGCAAUGCAGAUCGACUUUUCAAGUGUCGUUCAAAACAAUGCCGAUCACCUGGGUCGCGAGCUUAAGGCGGAAGAAAUCAUCUCCUUGCUUCAGAGACAUUACAAUGUCGAUAACUGUGCUACAGAUGAUUUGAACGUGAAGGAUUACAAUUUCGAUAAGAAGUCCGAUAAGGUGACAGACGUCAAUGCUAUUGUUCGUCUCAAUGGAAAGGAAAUCGCACUGCAUGGAAAGGGUAACGGCCCUAUUUCUUCAUUCCUGAAUGGACUUUCUGAUGCAUUUGGUGUGAAGAUGGAAGUUGAAUCGUAUGCAGAGCAUUCGGUCGGUCAGGGUUCUACAACGAAGGCAGCUACAUAUGUGAAAAUUUCAUGCGGUGAUAAGUAUAAGUGGGGUAUUGGUAUGCAUGAAUCCAUCACACGUGCUUCUGUUAACUCCAUUAUUUCUGCUGUCAACAGCCUAAUCAAGGCUGGAGCUUUGGAUGCUAAUAAAGUUUCUUCGUCGGAACACGCACUUAGAAAAUUUGCUCAGAAGAAGGCCAGCGCAAAUCUUUAG